UCCUGCAGCUUCAUGUUUCCUGUCGCAGGUGGUUUAGGCCCCCCUCAAGGGAUGAUUCCCAUGCAACAGCAAGGAUUUCCAAUGGUUCCUGUCAUGCAGUCCAACAUGCCAGGCAUGAUGGGGAUGAAUUACGGUUCUCAGAUGCCUCCUGGACCCAUGACCAUGCAGGGUGGCAUGCCCUUAGGGCCAAUGCCAGCGACUGGGAUGCCUUACAUGGGACAGGCUUCUUUCCUGGGAAUGCGCCCAGCCGCCCCGCAGUACACCCCGGACAUGCAGAAGCAGUUUGCAGAGGAACAACAGAAGAGGUUUGAGCACCAGCAGAAAUUCUUGGAGGAAGAAAGGAAACGACGCCAGUUUGAAGAGCAGAAACAAAAGCUGAGGCUCCUAAGCAGUGUGAAACCUAAGACAGGUGAAAAAAGCAGGGAUGAAGCUUUGGAAGCCAUUAAAGGAAAUUUAGAUGGGUUUUCUAGAGAUGCUAAAAUGCACCCAACACCAGCAGCGCAUCCGAAAAAGCCAGGCUCUUCCUUGGAGGAAAAAGUCUUAGAUAAUGGCUCAAAUGACUCUGAACAAGAGCAAACCACACUUAAAACAUCUGAAGUUGGGCACAAAGCCUCAGCUGCAAGCCAAGUUCAUCCCAGUCUAACCAUCAAUGACUGGGGGGUUGUAGGUGGCCAGGAAAGUGGUACCACCGCUGCAGAGAUGCACAAGGCUUCAGAACAAAACAGAGCAGUUGAAGAGUGUGGAGUUGGAGUGUUCCCGUCCCAGGACCCAAUUCAGCAAAUGAUGCCUCCUUGGAUUUACAACGAUAACUUGGUCCCAGAGUUGUAUAAGAAAAUUUUAGAAACCACUUUGACUCCUGCUGGAAUAGAUACAGCUAAACUCUAUCCCAUCCUGAUGUCGUCUGGAUUGCCCAGAGAGACCCUUGGACAGAUAUGGGCUCUAGCCAACCGUACCACCCCUGGGAAGCUCACCAAAGAAGAGCUCUACGCUGUCCUGGCUAUGAUAGCAGUAACUCAGAGAGGAAUACCUGCAGUGAGUCCUGACGUGUUAAACCAGUUUCCAGCUGCCCCCGUUCCUACUUUAAGUGGAUUUCCAAUGCCGCUGCCGGCCGCAGUGAGCCAGCAGCCUCUGCUGCCCCCUGCGCCGCCUGUCUCCAUGCCUCUGAGCAUCGGGCCGGCCGUGAUGGGGAUGAGCAUCACGGCUCCGGCGGGCGGAGCUGCAGCACAGCCUUCCGGAGGCUUCCUCCCGUCCUACCCGCCCAGUCAGGUAGUAAAACCAGAAGAUGAUGACUUCCAGGAGUUCCAAGAUGCUUCAAAGUCUGGCUCACUAGAUGACUCCUUCGCUGAUUUCCAGGGAGAUGUGGCUGGCUCCUCCAAAGCAGCCAGCUCCCAGCACCGGAGCAGUGUUCCUUCUUUACUAAUGCCACUCCCAGGUAAUAAGACACUCUCAUCAACUGAUAAGUAUGCUGUGUUUAAAGGAAUUGCAGCUGAGAAGCCUUCUGAAAGUACCACUGCUUUUGGAGAUGGUGGAGACAAGUACAGUGCUUUCCGUGAAUUAGAACAACCAGCAGAGAGCAAAUACUUGGGAGAUAACCUUGCAGAGUUCAAGCCUGCAGGAUCCGAUGAUGGUUUCACCGAUUUUAAAACCGCUAACAGUAUCUCACCAUUAGAGCCACCUACAAAAGACAAAACGUUCCCCACAUCCUUCCCUUCUCUGCCCGUUCAGUCCAAACAGCAAACACAAGCAAAGACCUCUUUGAAUCUAGCAGACUUGGAUCUCUUUUCCUCUACUGGAGAAAACAAGCAGCCAUCCUUUCCACCCGCAUUUAACACGUCAAAAUCGGGCUCCUUUCCUCCACCACCCCUUCCAGCUACCACUGCCCAACCAGCACCCAGCAAAAGUUCAAGCUUAGCUGAUGACUUUGGAGAGUUCAACCUUUUUGGGGAAUUUUCUAACUGCUCAUCAGCCAGUGGACAAGAUGACUUUGCAGAUUUUAUGGCUUUCAACAAUAGCAGUGGCUUUUCCGAACAGAAACCAGAUGACAAAUACAAUGCACUUAAGCUGGAGCCUGGUCCUGUUCCUCAGCCUGGCUCCUCUGCCAGCACGGUGAAGAGUGGGCAGAGUUCUGCCCCCACUGCUACACCCACCAAAUACGAUAUCUUCAAACAGCUUUCUCUGGAGGGCUCUGGAGGAGGCUUUGAGGAGGCGAAGGACAACGCGCUUUCUUCGGCGAAGAGCGAUGAUGAUUUUGCUGACUUUCACUCUAACAAGUUUUCUUCCACGUGCAACAGCGCAGAGAAGUCCCUGGUGGACAAAGUUGCAGCUUUCAAGCAGGCCAAAGAAGACUCUGCUUCAGUGAAGUCUCUGGAUCUUCCUUCCAUCGGAGGCAGCAGUGUUGGCAAGGAGGAUUCUGAAGACGCGUUGUCUGUUCAGUUUGACAUGAAACUGGCUGAUGUGGGAGGAGAUCUUAAGCAUGUCAUGUCUGAUAGCUCUUUGGAUUUGCCAACAGUUAGUGGCCAGCAUCCACCAGCAGCAGAUAUAGAUGACUUAAAAUGUGCCCCAUUUGGAAGCUAUAACAGUGGGUCUGCAGUCAGCAGCCUGGCAAGCUAUGACUGGUCCGACAAAGAAGACAUUCAGCAGGGCAAGAAGCUCUCCUCCUUAGUCCAGUCUUCAGGAAGUGGAUCCUCUGCGGCUACUUCUGUCCUUCAGAAGAAGGAGACCUUGUUUGGCAGUUCAGAAAACAUUACCAUGACAACAGUUUCCAAAGUGACAACCUUUUCUAGCGAGGAUGCUUUACAGGAUGUUUCCUUUGCAGCCUUUGCAAGCUUUAAAGACCCCAUUUCCAGUGCUCUGGGUGAGGAUGACAUCGGAGACUUUGGUGAUUUUGCAAGACCUCCACUGGAAGCACAGGAUGCGGCAGCUGACACAAACCAAGAGGCAGAUUUCCCUGGUGGUGGGGUCUCCUUGGAGCUGCGAAGAGAGUCCACAGAUGACUUUGGAGAGUUCCAAAGCGAGAAGCCAAAAAUCAGCAAGUUUGACUUCUUGGUGGCCACUUCCCAAGGCAAGGUGAAAUCUAGCGAGGAGAUGAUCAAGAGUGAACUGGCUACUUUUGACCUGUCUGUUCAAGGGUCUCAUAAAAGGAGCUUAAGCCUCGGAGACAGAGAGAUAAGUCGCUCUUCACCUUUACCAGUCUUGGAGCAGCCAUUCCGAGAUCGUUCAAAUACUCUAAGUGAGAAGCCUGCUUUGCCUGUCAUCAGAGACAAAUACAAAGACUUGACUGGGGAAGUUGAGGAAAGUGAGAGGUAUGCGUAUGAAUGGCAAAGAUGCUUGGAGAGUGCCCUGCAGGUCAUAAAGAAAGCAAAUGAUACCUUAAAUGGAAUCAGUAGUUCAUCUGUUUGCACUGAAGUCAUCCAGUCUGCCCAAGGCAUGGAAUAUUUACUAGGAGUUGUUGAAGUCUACAGAGUCACAAAGAGAGUUGAAUUGGGUAUCAAAGCAACUGCUGUUUGUAGUGAGAAACUCCAGCAGCUCCUGAAGGAUAUUGAUAAAGUGUGGAACAACCUGAUAAGCUUCAUGUCACUUGCUGCUUUAACGCCAGAUGAGAACUCACUGGAUUUCUCUUCUUGUAUGCUGCGUCCAGGGAUUAAAAAUGCCCAAGAUCUUGCCUGUGGAGUGUGCCUCCUAAAUGUGGAUUCAAGAAGUAAGAAAGAAGAGAAACCUGUGGAAGAGCUCCCUAGAAAAGCCUUCAAUUCGGAGACAGAUAACUUCAAGCUGGCGUAUGGAGGGCACCAGUACCAUGCAAGCUGUGCAAACUUCUGGAUCAACUGUGUGGAGCCAAAACCUCCAGGUCUUAUUUUGCCAGACCUGCUCUGA